AUGGCGCCCAGGGCGGGCAGCUGGAGGGGGCAGCAGGGCUGCUGCUGCGGCUGCUGCUGGGGAUGCCGGCUGCCCAGCACUCCGCUGCUGCUGCUGGCCUACCUGAGCUACCUGCUCCUGGGCAGCGCCGCAUUCUGGGCUCUGGAGUCUCCGGGGGAGAAGCAGGCGGCGCAGAUGCUGCUGAAGGAGAGGUGGGACCUCCUGGAGAACUUCACCUGCCUGGAGAAGGAGGCCCUGGAGAGGCUGGCCCAGGGUAUCAUCAAAGCCUACAAGAGUGGACUUUAUCUUAAAGGAAAUUCAACUCUGGGCAGAUGGGACUUUGUUGGCUCCUUUUUCUUCUCUGUUUCUGCAGUAACAACCAUUGGCUAUGGUAACUUGAGUCCCAGCACAGGAGUUGCCCAAGUCCUCUGCAUCUUCUUUGCACUCUUUGGGAUCCCCUUAAACCUCAUACUCCUGAACAGAAUAGGACAACUGAUGCUUUCCGGUGUUCAUCUCUGUGCUUUCCGCCUGCGUGAGAGGUUCCAUUGGCAGAAAGGGGCAGCUGUCUUGACAAGGACCUGUGCCCUGGUUGCUGGCCUUCUGCUGUUUUUCCUGCUGCCUCCUUUGUUGUUCACUGCCAUAGAAGGCUGGACCUAUGAAGAGGGAUUCUAUUAUUCUUUCAUUACACUUAGCACAAUAGGCUUUGGAGAUUAUGUAAUUGAUUUUGUAAGCAGGAUGACGGAGCCACAGCAAAAGCAGAUGUGUAACAGAGAGAAAAACACCAUCACCCACAAAAUAGUUGUCUGCCAAAACCAUGGAAGGUUAUCCGUUCAAGGGUGA